AUGUUGCGGCGGUUCUUCCACCGCCCCAACACCAACUCGUGCCUGUACCUCAUAAUCGGUUUUCAGCUGGGAUGGAUUUCCACCUCCUUCCUCCUUUCCCAGCACCAACUGCUCGCGCAGCAGCAGCACGACCCUUCCCCCUUCUCCCUCUCCCACCUCCGCCACCCGCACGACCCCCCCUGCGCCUCCCCCCCCUGCCACCGCUCCGUGCGCUCGCUGGGGGACUGGGGGCUGGCGGGGGCGGCGGCGGGGGGGAGCAGCUCCGCGAAUGGCGCAGGCGCGGGGGGCGGCGGAGGGGGCGCGGGGGGGGCGAGCGCGUGUAACUUAUCCGCGGAGGCGGUGGAGAGGCAGCAGGAGGCGAUAGUGGGGGCGAUGCAGCAGCAGGAGGCGGAGAUGAGGCGGCUCAGGCGGCAGCUGGUGGAGGGCGGUGCUGGGGGCGGCUCUGCUGUGACCGCCACUGGGGAUGGCGCCGGUAUGCCUCUCCUUGUGCCAGUGCCCCUGCCGCUCUUGCUCGGUCCGUUUGUUCUGGUUAUUGCUGCUGUGCGCCUUGCGGCUGUGCGGGCUUCAUUUGUUGUGGCUGGUGUGCAUGUGUCCUGUGUUGUGCCCCCACCGCAUGCCUGGCGGUGCACUCGUGCUCGUGUGUGCAUCCAAGCCCCUCCUCACUGCUUCACUGCCCCUCAUCCCUAUACUGGUAGGAGGCAAGCAGCCCGAACAAAAUACUGUUUCCCACUUCGCAUCGGUCUCCCUCCCUCACUCGCUCCCUCCCUCACUCGCUCCCUCCCUCACUCGCUCCCUCCCUCCCUCCUACCCUCCCCCUCCUCCCUCCCCCUCCUCCCUCCCCCUCCUCCUUCCCCCCCUCCUCCCCCCCUCCCUCCCUCCCUCCCUCCCUCCCUCCCUCCCUCCCUCCCUCCCUCCCUCCCUCCCUCCCUCCCUCCCUCCCUCCCUCCCUCCCCCCCUCCCUCCCCCCCUCCCUCCCUCCCUCCCUCCCUCCCUCCCUCUCUCCCUCUUUUUCCGCCCCCCUCGCCGGCCCUUUCCCUCUCCCUCUCCCCGACUCUGCGUCCUCCAAUUGCUAGUCGUUUCUCCGCGCAACCAUGGUACCUGAUAGCAAUGUGUUCGGGCGGGCAGUUGAGCAACCGGCUGGCGUGUGUGCGGCAGAGCAUGCUGGACGCGGCGCUCAUGAACCGCACGCUCGUCUUCCCCACCCACUGCAUCGACUACAACUAUGACGCCCUGCUCGACAUGGGUGCGUUUGAUGAGUGCUUUGGGCCCAACAGAGUAGUGUCGUUUGCUGCUUAUAACGAGUCAGUCAAGGGCAGGGUGCGCGUGGGCCGGUUCAUCUGCCAUGUGCAUGUCUACCAGACGGAGGCAGCGUGUGACGACCUAAUGCAGCGCUACACCGCCACACUGCACAUGCAGUUCGCGAAGAAGGAGAUAGCGCGGCGCCGCACGCCGGGCCCGUGGUUCAAGUACCCCGCAGGGGACUUCCUGCGCAAGUUCAACAGCGACCACCACGUCAUCGCCUUUGGCAACAUGUUCGGCGUGGGCGGCAGGGAGCUACGCUUUCAAGGGGCUGCGCCGCUGGUGGUUUCGCCGCAGUGCCGCGGGUUGCUGCAACCCAGCCCGGCUAUUCAGCAAGCAGCAGUGGGGUUCGUGAACAUGUAUCUAGGCCCGAGCUACGCAGCAGUGCACUUGCGGCGGGGGGACUUUUUCCAACACUGCAUCCAUGGCAACGGGCGUCUGCGCCCCACGCCCUGCUACCAGCCGCUGCACCAGGUGGCCUCGUGCCUGCACCGCCACCUGCAGCGCCUGCCGGGAGUCAGCAUGGUGUUCCUGGCCAGCAACGCGGAUGAGACUGAACGGAGGGUUCUCAGGGAGACGCUCACUGCGUUGGGCUCGUCCCACACGCUCAUCUCCCUGCCGCAUUCUCUGCAGGGCCACGCGUGGGCAGAGCCAUUAGAGCGGGCAGGCGUGGCGGGGAGCAGCGAGGUGGUGUCGUUCCUGGACAAGGCCAUCUGCGCGCUCGCCCUGCAGUUCUACGGCACUGCGGGCUCUACUUUCUCCAGUGACAUCAUGCGUGGUGAUCAGUGUGGUCACGGCAAGGUCCAUUCCUCUGCUGCACUCUCUGCACCAGCCCUUGCCCCUUGGCAUAUUCUCCAUCCACACACCUCAAUCCAUCCCCUACCUCUUCACAUCCCUAAGUCUUCCCACUUGCACCCCACCCUCCCUUGGCCUUUUUCCCAUAUCACUCCCCCUCUUUCCUCCCCCUCCUGCCCUUCCCCCCUGUCCUCCCCUCCUGCCCUCCUGCCCUCUGCCCUCCUCCCUUGCAAUUCCCUCCCGCACUCCUUCCCUGCCAUCGUGCCCAUCUCCAGUCUCCGUGAGUGGUGGAAGCAAGGGCUGUGCGAAACUUACAUCUGCCCGGCCAAUGAGCCUGCAGACUUUCUUCGCCUGCCCGGGCGCAGCAAUGCAACUGCCUCAGCGCCAAGCCCUGGGGCAGGAGAUUCCUCCCUGCCUUCUGUUGUGUCAGCGGGAGGGGGAGCAGUGAAUGUGUCGCCAAGACAGCUGCAGGGGCAGAAGCAAGGGAAGGUGACAGGGCAGCAGGAUGGACAAAUUGCUGCUGGUGCUGGUGCUGGUACUGGUGAUGGUGCUGGCGGGAGUGCUGGUGGUGCUGUUUCUGUUGGUGGUAACGUGGGUGAAACUGAUGAGGAGCGGAAGGGAAAAGGCAAGAAAGAGUUGCAGGGAAAGGUGGAACAGGGCAAGGGAGGAGAGGGAAAGCGAGGAGAGGGCAAAAGUGAAGGUAGGAAGAUGGCAGCAGGAGCUAGUGGGAAGAAAGAACGCGAUGAUGAUGUGGCUCGGAGAGGGGACGGGGAAAGGGGAAAAAAGCCAGAAAGAAAAGGCUAG